AUGGCUCACUUAACCCUAUGUCAUGAGCCCUACUCAAAGUUCAUCAGCGAGGACCCAGUUACUUCACGUUACAAUGCAAGACUGUCCAAGGCGGAUAGGCUCAUGCUUGGGCCGAAAUUGCGGCUUUUGCAAGAGACUGGCUCCACUCGAACCGAGAUGCUACUUGAGGUGCAGGCUUUGAUUGGGAGACCUGUCACUCUCGCACAACUUGACGGGCUCUUGAAGGAACAUGAUAUCUGUUUUUAUAAGAAGAGAGAUUUCACAUCGGCCCCGGAAGUCCCAGAUAGUGACGCAACAUCAGCUUCCACGGCACCACCACCACAGCACAGCAGCACUACGUUGAUGUGUAACCUCUCUUGCCCAGAUAUAUGGGGAUCUGAGUCAGGAUUGGAAGAAUCUCACGGCUUGAGGUGCCUGAAAAUCACAUUCCGCCCUUCAAAUUGUUCCUUGUUACACUCUGAAGAUAUAUCUACGGCCGAUCGCAAACAGGAACACUGCGAUUGCACGGACGUGCCUGGACAGUACGCAAUUGAUAAUAUACAAAUCCAGCCCGAGUCCAUGAACCCAGAUACUGAAGGUAUGGAAUGUGGAAGACAGAGUCUCUCAGCUCGGUGUAGCAAGGGAAAGACCUCUACAUCAAUGCCCUGCAUGUAUCGAUUGAAAAGAAUCGCGUUCGACUUGUACUCGACCAUCAUAGCGGAGCAUAAGGACGAAACAGAGCGUGGCGCGAAGAUGAACACCAUUGCAACUGUAUUUUCUCUCCUCGGAGCAUAUACUGAGGCAUUCGACCUGUAUCUCCUCGUUUACUACCACUUUCGAGAAAAUGAUGGAACGCCCGACGCCGCUUACCCACAGGUAGUUCACGGUGCGAUAAAUUGUGCGAAAUCAGCCGAAACGACCCUUCAGAUGCAAAUUUCCCGAGCAAUGCUUGGAGAUGUCCGGGACAUGCUUCUUUCUCGCUAUGGCCGACAGUCUAUGGCUGGCACAACGACCUGGAAAUACCUCGAACGCGCCCGAAGUCAACAUGUCUGCAUGCGAGGCAGAGACCAGACCAUUGAACCUCUGGAAUCGUUCGAGGAACAGGCUUAUUGGGCAGUUUCUGCCUUGGUCCUAAGCCAGGAUCAUCUCGGCAAAGAGUGUGGAGUGGCACCAGACUAUUGUAUGAAUUCCUGGAAAGGCUCCAUCAUGGAUCACCUCUGUAAGUGCGAUGUCACGCGCAGGUGCCUAAACACCGCACUGGACAAGGUUUACUCGUAUAUACAUGGAAACCAGGACCAGAUUGAUCGACAUUUGCCAUGGGCUUCCGAGCAGCUAUCUGUCACCCGGGGAUACCGUUACGCUCAAGACUUGGCUUGCUUAGUUCUUGAGCAAUGUGUAGUCAACGGGACCAACUUUUCCAUUGGACCGGACCACACAGAGAGCGAAAAUCAUCAAGGCUUUCCCUGUGACUUGAAAGGUCUCGCUGUUGCCAUUCUUCCAUUCAUGUUGUGGACCGAAAUCUUUGUGAAGGCCUUGGAGACUCUGUGGUGGCCGUCAACGCCACUUCCCUCGUUUCUGUUUCACCAGGCGAUAUGGCUCAUGAGGCAAAAGAUUGAAAAAAGCCCGGCAUUCUACAAGAGCACAAUCCAGUCAGUCGUUGCACAGUUUUUCCCGACGUCCGAUGAGAGGCAAGUCAUGCCAUGUUUGAUCCCCUCCAACACUCUAAAACGAAUUGGUAGGAGGGUCGCUGGUCUUCUACACUUGCCCGCCACCGUGGUGCCAGAGACUGAAGAGCCCUGGCAUCCUCUACCGCAAAAAGCGUCAGCAUGGCCUGGAUUUCCUUAUUUACCUGGAUCGGAAAGAUUCCUGCUGAAUUCCGGUUCAUUGACGCUGGCGCAAUCCUGCACCUCCUCCAACAGCUCAGAUUAUCGCAGGUUUUGGCUCACGGCGUCUGGGCCUAGACCCAAAUCUGCCGCUUCAACUGCAACCCAACAGACCACCCCGUCAGAUCAGAUGAGUUUUCACAGCAGCUUGAGGUUCUCUAGAGUCACUGGUCUUCCGUCGAAUCCCUCACUCACGAACAGUGACGAUGUCGUUUCCCUGGACGUCAGUAUGGGCGGGUAA